UUUCUGCGCUCUCAUUGGUUAGCGGCGGAUAAUAAAGAAAGGUUGGUAAGGAGCUUUACACGGGAAGACAAACAUGACUGCCAAAGCAACAUGUUUAAAAGUACUUAAAUAAGGAAAAGGACAGCUAAACAAAGUGAAUGCAGCCAUGGUGGAAGUGUUUACUGGCCGGACUCUGGUCAACAAAGAUGGGGACUACGUGGACCCGGAAGAGGCGCUGAAGAACAAAGUGGUGGGCAUUUACUUCUCCGCGGGAUGGUGCCCACCCUGUCGGGACUUCACGCCCGUCUUGUGUGACUUCUACACGGAGCUGGUGGAAGAGAACGAGCCCCCUGCUCAGUUUGAGGUGGUCUUCGUGUCGUCGGACAAGUCCACCGAGGACAUGGUGGAGUACUACCAUGACAUGCACGGAGACUGGCUGGCCCUGCCCUGGACGGACGACUACAGGCAUGAGUUGAAGAAGCGCUACAACAUCACUGCCGUGCCCAAGCUGGUGAUAGUGAAGGAGAACGGCGAGGUGAUCACAGACAAGGGACGCAAACAGAUCCGAGACCGGGGCCUGGCUUGCUUCAGGUCCUGGUUGGACGCUGCGGAGAUCUUUCAGAACUUCAAGGGCUAAAGAAAAACAACAAUUGUUAACAUUAUUUGUGUCACGUUUAUUUAUACUACAUGUUUUACAGCUUUCACCAAAUAGUUGGUAUACUGCACUGUGUUCAUAUUUAUAAAAACUGAUAAACGUAUGUACAUAAAGUCUACAGUCUUGUAAACUAACAUAUUUAAGUUAAAAAGGUAACUUUAGUGCUUGCCUAUACAUUCAAAGAUUUAUCUCAGGUGUGUUUUUUUGCUCCGUCCUAGAGAAUAUUUGUACUUUUGCUACGGAUUUGUCUAUCUUCUAUUGUAGAUAUACAGCCCUGGGUAUAUUUUUAAUUUUUUUCUAUGCAGUAAUAAAAUUGUAUUCUGGC